AUGGUAGGUCAUGACGGGUACCGGUUGACCAACAUGGGCUACGACUACCUGGCGCUGAAGUCGUUGACGCUGCGCGGGUCGGUCGCCGGGUUUGGGAACCAGAUUGGGGUGGGCAAGGAGAGUAACAUCUACACGGUGGGGGAUGAGGAGGGCAACCCGUUGUGCUUGAAGUUGCACCGGUUGGGACGGGUUUGCUUCCGGAACGUGAAGGAGAAGCGGGACUAUCACGGGAAGCGGCACAAGAUGAGUUGGUUGUAUUUGUCGCGGAUUUCGGCGACGCGGGAGUAUGGCGACGCGGUGCCGCGUCCGGUGGACUUUAACCGGCACUGCGUAAUUAUGGAGCUGGUUGAUGGGUACCCGUUGACGAACGUGGCCGAGGUGGGCAAUGUGGAGCAGUUGUACGAUGAUUUGAUAAACUUGAUUGUGCGGUUGGGGAAUUGCGGAGUUAUUCACGAAGAUUUCAACGAGUUCAACGUGAUGAUCACGGAGGAGGACCAGCGGCCGAUCUUGAUCGAUUUUCCCCAGAUGGUGUCAACGCCGCAUCCGAACGCGGAGAUGUACUUUGAUCGGGACGUGCAGGGCGUUCGGGAUCUGUUCCGGAAGAAAUUUGGGUAUGAAAGUGAAGAACAUCCCAAGUUUAGCAAUCUGGAGCGGGAGGAUGAGCUGGACCGGGAGGUUCUCUGCUCUGGGUACGGAUUUACGCAGGAGAUGGAGGAGGAUCUGCAAGGAGUAUCACCAGGAGGGAGGUACCGAGGAAGGAGGAAACUAUUUACGUACCGAAAAUCCAAAAGAAUGUGGCGUUGUGACCGUAAAGGAUUGAACAUUAUGCUGAAAAAUACAGGUUACGAGAAAAAAAACGAUGGGAGCCUGCCGGGACGAGCGGAAGUGAAAUCAUCCGGGGACUCCUGA